UAUACCUCACAAUUUGUUUAUUAAGACAUUCGUGAAAAAAAUACUAUUUUGUAGCCUUUUUUAAUAAUCUUCACGAUGAGUCUUAAAGGCAGAGUAACCUCAACAUCUUCACACAAUCUUCAUCAUUCGGAAGAAAGAGUCCCUCUCCGAUCAGAUUCAGACCAGUCAUGUCUAAAUUCAAGUCCAGAGUUCGACUUUUGUCUCCGUCAGAACUCAAAACAACGGUUUUCUCACGCCGACGAGCUCUUCUCGGACUGGAAAAACCUCUCUCACAAGGCCACCGACACGAUUUCGAAGAAGACCGAGAUUACUUCUCCAAGAAGCAAUCUUCAAACCCUAACUGCGAAAUCCGACACAAGAGAUUCUGAUUCAGAUGAUCCAAGUUUUGGUUGUGGUUUUUGGCUUGUUAGAAGCAAAUCUGUAGGGUACUCAAUGAGAAACAAGAAAACAAAUUCUUCUUCGGAAUAUCAACGGAGCAAUAGUGAUCCACAUAAAAAGAAGAAGAAGAAGAGUUUGCAGAAGAUGAAUUCUACAGAGAUUAGAGCUCCAAGAUCCAUGAAUAGUCCGGCGUUGAAUGUUCCGUUGGCUGAUAUAUUUUGCUUAGGCCCUGUUUUUUCCGGCGGCCGCGAUCGAAGAAAAUGAAAGUGUGCUCUUGUCUUAUAACCAUGGUCCUGACCUAAUUUGUGGAACAUUUGAAGAGUUAGGUAUAUGAUUUGUAUACUCAUACAUAUACUAAGAAUCUAAUUCGAGUUUUUUUUGUUUUUCAUGUUAUUGAUUUGUUUGUACAUUGAUGUAACAUAUACGUUGGUUGUUACUUGUGUAAUAUAGAAAUGUAAUUUUC